CCCUCAAACACAACCUCCUCGUUACAUCUCACCUGCCGUCGCCUCGCCUUCUCCUCUCUCUCUCUCUCUCUCUCUCUCUCGUUCCUUCAUAAAUUUCUUUUUUUUUUUAAUCUUCUAAUCUUUUAAAUUCAGGGCGUAUUUUGUUUUGUUGGUUUGCAUGGAGGGUUUCAGAAGAAUUGAGUCUCGGACGACUUCAGAGGCUUCCGCCUCUGAGUUGACUCGUGGGAGGUCACCCGAGUUUGCUCACCAAGAACAAAGUCCAAGCUUGGAUUCUCUGGUGACAGAAUCUACCUCUACAGAAUGGACAGAUGAAAAGCAUAGUUUAUACCUCAAAUCCAUGGAAGCAUCAUUUGUUAACCAGUUAUAUGAUUCUAUGAAUUUUCUUGGCUGGAACUCACAAAAGGAGAAGUUGUCAGGAUCAAAAUCAUCCAGGCAGAGACACUGUAAUAUUUGUACCUCUUCUGGCCAGUUUAAGGUUCUUCGAGGUGGUAGCUGGAAAAAGAUCAAUUUUGAAAGACCUGGAUUUCAACUAAAUAAAACAGAUGGCUCUCAUUGUUUUGUGGCAAGUCCAUGGGUCCAGCACUUCAGAUCUGGAUCUAUGUCUCGUGUUCCAGCCUCCCGUAGUGUACAAGGUAGUGCUUCAUCCAAAGCAGAGGUGUCAGAUCAGAACUUUGAAGAUGAAGAACUAGGUGAAAAGGCAUGCAGUGACUGCAGCUCCAAGAAGCUGAAAACUCUGGUAAACGAUUCAUGCAAUGAUCAGGUUGUUCCAUAAGCCAAAGCCUCCCUAGCAGAAGUAGCUGAAAGUGUAUCCCUGCAGCUUCAUAAAGGGCUUCCACCAGUGAUUCAUUUGGGCAAAAGGCAAAUGGCUUGAUUAAUUAUACAUCCUGAUACAGUGAGAGCAACCGAAGGAAACUCCAUACAUAUUAAUUUUGGUGACUUCUGUAACCUAAAUUUCGAUUCCUUAAUAUAUUUGUUAUCCGAAUGUCUAUAUGUAUGUGACACCGACAGAGGCACAGAGAUUGGGACUAGUAGUUCGUGUAGGACCAUUUCCUCUUUCUUGUAAAUACAGCAAGUGUGGCAUUAGUGGUAGAAGGAUGAGUUUUUGGGUCAAGAACAUCCCAUGUUGGUCUACUGAUGUUCUUUCUAUCUGUAUAUAUUAUUCUCAGUAUCAUGCAAUUUUGAAUCUUGUAUGUGAUAUAUAUACAUAUAUGAUAUAUAUCAAAGGUUUGUAUGCAAUGCAUGGAUGGUCUGACACAAAAAGGGUCGCCAUUUCUGUUGAUGUUGCAGUAAAAGAAUGUUUUCAAGUGAAUGAAACCAUAUUCUAAUCUUUGCUUA